UUGCGUUAUAAAAGGCGAUGUGCACCGAGGCUACAUCAGUCUCAAGCCUGCAGAAGCCUUGAGAUAUAGUGAAGAUGGCCAAGCUCAUACAAAAGCUGUUUGCUGCCUUUUUAGCGCUGGCGUUCAUCUCUGUUGCAAUGGCAGAGUAUGCAGAAGAAGAUCAAGAAGCAGGCGAAGUUAAGCUGAGAGUUCGUCGUUGGUUCAGCAAUAGACCACGAUGCGGUAGACGCACAUACAACCCACGAUUUAGCAUGUGCUGUGGUAGGCAGGUCAGGCGAAAGAGCGGGAUCAGUCCCGCGUGCUGCGGGACCCGAAACUACGACGCGCGAUUCAGCAUGUGCUGUGGUGGGCAGGUCAGGCGAAAGAGCGGGAUCAGUCCCGCGUGUUGCGGGACCCGAAACUACGACGCGCGAUUCAGCAUGUGCUGCAGAGGACAGAUCAGGCGAAAGAGCGGGAUCAGUCCCGCGUGCUGCGGGACCCGAAACUACGACGCGCGAUUCAGCAUGUGCUGUGGUGGGCAGGUCAGGCGAAAGAGCGGGAUCAGUCCCGCGUGUUGCGGGACCCGAAACUACGACGCGCGAUUCAGCAUGUGCUGUGGUGGGCAGGUCAGGCGAAAGAGCGGGAUCAAUCCCGCGUGUUGCGGGACCUUGGUAUAUGACGCUCGAUUCAGAAAAUGUUGCAAAUACAACAGAGUUUGCAGCAGAGGCUAAAAUAACUAGUUAACAAGCCCUUUUGUGUACUAUCUACUAUAUAUUAUGUACUAUUAUACAAUGUAGCUCUAUAACAUAAAUAGUGUAACUUUUUCCGUGUAAAUAUUGGCUGAGAUAGGUAAUCUAAAAAGUAAGAAAGAAAGAGCUUUUGCCGCAAUAAAAUCAUAAAAUAAAUACA